CUUGCCGAUCUCAAAGCGACCAUCCAUCGUUGUCCUCUGUGUAGUACAAUUGGCAUAGAAAUAGUACACUACACCCCAACGUGCGUGGGAGACAAACACCAACAGUGGUUGUUUUGUGUGUUGUGCUGCGUUGUGCUGUGGUGUGCUGGGAGACUGACCUGAUCCUUCGUUGCCACCAGGCCACUGCUUCGUGACCUUUGACAGUCAUGCUUGAGAUCAGAGCAUCGGCACCAGGGAAGCUCAUCCUUCAUGGAGAGCACGCCGUUGUCCACGGCAAACUGGCUGUUGCUGCGAGCCUGGAUCUGCGUGCGAGUCUGGUGCUCACACUGAACGACGAUGCAAAAGUCAAGCUCAGCCUGGCGGAGCUCAACAUUGACAUCGACUUCCCGCUGUCGGAUCUGCCCCAGGUGUCAGCUGAAGGCGCUUCCAGCACACAAUUGGACCAACCCCUGUACCAGGCCAUCCACACCCUCGUUGCUGCCCGCGACGAGUUGAGCGAAGGAUUGGAGUCGCGCAGGUUCGCGGUGGAGGCCCUCUUGUACCUGUAUUGCGGCAUUGUCAAGGCCACAUCCACACAGGAGCAAGACGAGCAAAGCCCUUCUGGGGUGACGAUCAACGUCAAGUCCGAUCUUCCCAUUGGCGCUGGCCUUGGAUCCUCCGCUGCGUACAGCGUCUGCCUGGCGUCAUCCAUGCUUGCCCUCACCCGCCCCAUUGACGCCGCCAAUGCUGCGGACCUGGACGCCAUCAACGCGUGGGCGUUCCUGUCAGAGUCCAUCAUCCAUGGCAAGCCCAGCGGUCUCGACAACACCAUCAGCUGCUUUGGCGGUGCGGUGUCGUUUGCGUCGGGCAAAUUCAAUCGCGUGUCCACGUUCCAGAGUCUUGAGGUUGUGCUGGUGGACACGGGUGUGCCGCGAUCAACAAAGGCACUCGUCAGCGGCGUCAGAGAACGCAAGCACGAGUUUCCUGCCGUGAUGGAUCCACUGCUCGACUCCAUGGGCCAUCUUUCACAGACGUUCCUGGACAUCAGCCAGCAGCUUGCAGAAACAUCGGACACAGACCCGCUCUUCACCAAGCUGGAGACGCUGAUGACGAUGAACCACCACAUGCUGAACGCCAUUGGAGUUGGCCACCCGGCCCUUGACGACGUCGUUCGCCUUGCCUCGUCGCUCGGGCUGGCUGCCAAACUCACGGGUGCUGGUGGUGGCGGCUGUGCAUAUGUUCUUCUUCGCCCGCACGCAAGCGAGGACGUGAAGGCAAAGCUGUUUGCUGCUCUGAAGGAGAAGGGGUUGCGGUAUUGGACCACGUCGCUUGGUGGUGCUGGUGUUGCUGUUGAGCGCAGUGACGCCAACCAAUAGCAGUGGCGUCACGCG